GCUUCAAUCGGACAGUGACAUUCACGCGCGCCAGCUUUCAACAACUUUCCGCGACCACCAUUUUUCUCCAUCGGAUUAUUUGUGAUAUUAUAGAUAUCUAGCAACCAUGACAAGCACAAUCGGAAUACCAAUUAAGCUCCUGAACGAGGCCCAAGUUCGUACAUUUCUUUCCUAGCCUUCAAGGCCUAGUGCUCAACAUCUGCCACGUUCGCUGCUAACAAUUACUGUUGUCAGGGUCAUGUCGUCACUCUCGAGAUCACGACUGGUCAGGUCUACCGUGGCAAGCUUUUGGAAGGUACGACCGCCCAUUACUACUCUCAAGCUCUUUACUUUCAAGAGAUAGGAAUUAUGAAGGAAAGGAAGAUGCUGAUUGGAUAUUGUAAUAGCGGAAGACAACAUGAACGUUCAACUUAAGGAUAUUACGGUCACAGCGCGCGAUGGUCGCGUCAGCCAUUUAGAUCAAGUCUACAUUCGAGGCUCACACGUUAGAUUCUUUAUUGUCCCGGAUAUGCUGAGGUUAGUCAAGACUAAGAUAAUUGUGCAAAAGCGAGUUUGCAGCUGGUUGGGGCUGUUGCUAUCACUAUAGCUAAGACUGACAUGAAUAUUAUAGGAACGCGCCCAUGUUCAGGAGUAGAAAUACCAGAGGCAGAGGUGUAGGAUUGGCAAGAGGAAGGGCCACAGUUAGCAGGGCAAGAGCAAGCGGAAGGGGAGCACCAAGAGGUUGAGAGACUCAUGGAACAUGUGGAUGAAAGAAUAUUUUGUCAAAUCUCGGCGUUUGAGGGAAAUUUAUGAUUCAUUGCAGAGCCAAGCUGGGCGGAAGAGAGCUCCAGAUGCUCAAAUAUUGAGGAUGACCCAAUGCACAAGCAUACGGGGAGGGUGAUUUUUCAAUUGCUGGCAAUAAAUAGAGCAAAAAUUGAGGAGCGUCUGUCUAUUUUCUCAGAGACCAAAGAUAACUGAUGUACUGUCUCUAUAUCUUAUGCCUAAUCCAUCUGUCCUGUU